ACCAAGACUAACGAUGGAUCUCUUUCAGUCGCAGCUGGCGAAGCUGCAGACACAUCUGUCCUGGGUGACGACAGAGCCCAUCGACUGGAAGUUCUACGUGCUUGCAUUCUCAUGGGCGACUUGUCUGUGGGAAUCAUACCUCUUGCUUCGUCAAUAUCCAUUAUACUCAAAAACCGAGCCCCCUGCACUUCUCGCUGAACAUUUCACACCUGAGGUCUUCAACAAAUCCCAAAAGUAUGGCAAGCACAAGGCCAAGUUCUCCCUCGUCUCUGGCCUCUACAGGCAGAUCCUUGACACCGUCCAGAUCCAGUCGGGACUCUUCUACCCUUGGGCUUGGAAGGCUGCUGGUCAGGUUAUUGGGUAUUUUAAUUACGGCCCAGAAUAUCAGAUCACUCAAUCACUGGUCUUUGUGAUCGUCCUCACUAUCAUCUCCACCGUCCCGACCCUCCCCUUGAACAUCUACCAAACCUUCGUUCUCGAAGAGCAGCAUGGCUUCAACAAAACCACCCCCUUGCUAUUCGUCACUGACAUGCUCAAAGGCUGGGCUGUCGGUUUCACCCUCGGACUUCCUCUGCUCGCUGCGUUCCUUUACGUUUUUGAGUGGGCAGGCGAUAGGUUUAUUCCAUGGCUCAUGGCACUUUUGUUGACGUUCCAGAUCACUAUGGUCUUGAUCUACCCGACGCUCAUCCAACCGCUCUUCAACAAGCUGUCACCGUUGUCUGAAGGCGACCUCCGCAAGCGUAUCGAGGCCUUGGCUGGCAAGCUCAACUUCCCAUUGAAGCACCUCUACGAGAUCGACGGCUCGAAACGCAGCUCGCACAGUAACGCCUACUUCUUCGGUCUCCCCUGGAGCAAACACAUCGUCAUCUUCGACACCCUAAUCAACCAAGCCGCCCCCUCCGAAGUCGAAGCCGUCCUAGCGCACGAACUCGGCCACUGGUACCACGCCCACCCCACCAAACUCCUCCUCAUCUCCCAAUUCCACCUCCUCUCCAUCCUCGUCCUCUUCCCCGCCUUCCAACACUCCUCCCCGCUCCUCCGCUCCUUCGGCUUCCCCCCCGAGGUAGCCUCCUCCCCCUUCAACGGCCGCAAACCGCCCAGCGUGCUCGCGUUCUUGUUGUUCCAGAUGGUGCUAUCGCCGAUGGAAUGCGUGGUCGGGAUGGGGAUGAACGCGGUUAGUAGGAUGUUUGAGUAUGAGGCGGAUGUGUUCGCUUGGGGUAUUGGGGACUUGCUCGCUUCGAAAGGGGUGAUCAGCGAGGAAGAAGCCCACGCUCCGUCGACUAUCAAGGCCGUCCCUGAGCCUUCCAUGGACGCUGUGCCGGUGGAGACGGACAAGGACGCGAAUGGUAAGGCGGAAGGAGGCGAAGGGAUGGGUAUGGGCGAUAUGGGGAAGAGGUUGGGGAGGGCGCUGGUGAAGCUGCAUGUGGAGAAUCUGUCGACGGUUUGGGUGGAUUGGUUGUAUUCGGCUUAUCACCAUUCGCAUCCGACGUUGACGGAGAGGUUGAGGGCGCUGGAGAAGAUGGAUGAAACGAGGGAGAAGGAGCGGAGGGGCAGGGAGAGGAAGGAGUUGUGAGCGUGCGAAGAGGUUUGGUUGGUCGAUUCUCGUGUCAGAGGACUGAUCAGAGUGGGUGGAGGGACGGACCAAAGGACGAUGCCGCCUGGCUCAUUGGCUUAGCUUAGUGAACAUUCUCGGUGCGACGCUGUGUAGUCGGUCGAAAAUUGCGUGCAGUUAUUUAUUCCAAAUAUUCUCGUUUCGAC